AUGCUCUGCUACCGCCUCGCGGUGCUGCUGCCUGCGGCCGCCUUCCCCUGCAGAACCCCACACCCGCAGCGCCCGGACAACACCACAGCCUCGAAGCUGCUGGGGACGUGGCUGUACGUGGCCGGGGCCGCUCAGUUCCCCCGGCACCUCCUGGAGAUGCUGCUCAUCGACCACGGCCACCUCCACGUGGAGCCCCACGCCAGCGAGCGGGAGCUGCUCAUCACCCAGCGCGUGGCUGUGGGGGACCAGUGUCUCACCAACAACUCCACCUACUUCGAAAUCGCCACCAGUAACACCACGCUGGUGAAGCACGCCAAGACCCAGCAAACCGUGGGGACGCUGAUGAACCUCAGCUCUGAAGACCUUUUACUCAUCCAGUACCAACUGCAGAGGGACAGGACGUAUUCAGGACUGUAUCUCUAUGCCCGAAACCUGAGCGUGAGCACAGCCCACCAGGAAGAGUUCGAGCACCACGCCAAGUGCCUGGGGCUGAGCGAAGAGGAGAUCGUGUACGCGCCGUGGAAAACGCAGAGGCGAGCGGCCCCCAGGAGCUGCAGCAAGGGGCAGCAGGGGCCGGUGCCCCGGGGCGCUGCACGGCCCCGCUUCAGGCGAAGCCACGGCAAUUUAAACCCCUAA